AUGGCCGUUGAGGCACCCUCAAGUUCCGGGGCUUCCUUACCAUAUGCCAGACGGCCGAUCAUCAUCUUAGGAGCCGGCAUUAUCGGCUGUACCGCCGCCCGCCAACUCCUCCAGAAGGGCUUCGAAGUUACCCUUGUGGGCGAGUACCUUCCAGGGGAUCAGAACAUCCUGUAUGCUUCUGCCUGGGCCGGUGCAGCAUGGCACGCCGCUGGUGGCUUGACCAACGAUCACAAGUACCUCGAGGCAGUCACGCAUCGACACUUGGUCAAGCUGGCCCGUGAAGAACCCGACGCUGGUGUCUGUAUUGUCCACAGCCGUGAGUACCUCGAGGAACAGCCCGGAGAGAACUCGGCAAAGUGGGGGAAGACCAUCUACUCGAAUUUUCGCGAACUGGAGGCCGGCGAAUACCCGGCGAAUUUCGCCUGUGGCUGGGCUUACGACUGUCCAGUUGUUGAUCCGAACAAACAUUUGCCAUAUCUAAAGGCCAAGAUCAUGGCCUUGGGAGGGUCGUUCAUCCGACGCAAGGUGUCGUCUUUGAAGGAGCUUUAUGCCCUGUUCCCAGCCUCGCGGAUCUUCAUCAACGCGAGUGGAUGGGGCAGCAAACUUCUUGAAGAUGUCGCCGACCAAGCCUGCUUUCCUGAACGUGGCCAGAAUGUCUUUUAUGAGACCCCGAAUUCUGGAACCAUGUAUUUCCGAAACGGCAAAGAAUACACCUACGUGAUACCACGUCCGAUGUCCGGGGGUAUAAUUCUCGGUGGAAUCAAGCAACGGGACAAUCUUUCCCCAGAAAUUGACAUGCAGAUUGCGCGAGACGAGAUUGCCCGUGCCCAUCGUCUCGCUCCAGAGGUAGUUCCUGCCAAUCCUCCUGAAGACAAACUGACCUACGUCGUCGGUGUACGUCCAUCUCGAGAUGGUGGAUUUCGAUUGGAGUCUCAGACUGUGGGCUCUCGCGUGGUUUUGUCCGCAUACGGGUUCGGUGGCGGUGGAUAUGCAUUCUCUUACGGCGUGGCCGAUGCUCUUACCAAGAUGGUCGAGGAAGCAGAGUAUAACAAUGUUAUAUCCCAGCCGCGGAUGUCAAAGGUUUGA